AGGAUGCGACCCGAAUGGGUCCCUUGACACGGCCCUGGACUCGUCGGAAGCGGGUUUCAGAUGCGCGCGAGAGGAACGAAAGGCGCGCUUACAAUCUAUUCGUGCUAACGCUUGCUUCGGCGCUCUCGUUUCGCGUCACCGCCUGCGAGCCUCUCACCUCUCGCAAAACCCUCUUCCCUGCAAGCCCCGGCGAAAGAUCCGAGAACCUCGGCGUUCACCCCUCGUACUGACGUUACGGCGCACAUGGUAUACACUCUCGUCCUGCUUGAGUUUCCUUCUGUCAUCCUAAUCAGCUGACCAGAGCGCUACGUCGUCUGCUAGAGUGACGUUUACAAAAUCAAUGGCUUUUCGAAUAUCACCGAAUUCCAGUGGUCCGCUUCUAAGCCCCAGAUGAAGCGGAGACCUCCGAGCUGUCCAGCUUUGAUCUUCCCUUGAAAUUCGAAAUUCCCGGGGACUUUCUCGAGGAGUUACUCAGAACGGAGUAUACUUUCUUUCCGGCACUCGAGUUGUCGGCCGUCUGUUCGCGGACGAUUCGGACCAGCUGGGCACGGCGUCGUCUGCUAAGGUUCUAUUUGCGUUGUCCAGGUCGUACACGGGACGCUCCGAGGAUGCAGCCGAGCGUCUUGUUAUUAUCGACUUUGGCGGCCUUCGCCGGCGCUGAAAGCAUCGUGAUGUCCAAGGUUUUCAUCAUUCCCAUCACCCCGCAGACCUUCGAUUGGAAGAUCGACGGAAGGCACGAUCAAUUCUCCUACCAGCCGUCUUUGCUGAACGUCCCCGAUUUGCCGCCUUGGAUUCAUUACACCUACAGUAGACGCGAUCAUCAAGGAUUCUUAUACGGCGUCGCACCGAAAGAUCAGGAAGACUUUCAGCUAGAGAUUGUGGGCCUAAAUAAGCACACUUACGAGACGAGGUACAAGGUCCUAGCAGUGAACGUGCUCGAUAAGGAGAACCUUACUAGGUACGAGGUGCACCUCAAAAUCGACAAUCUCAACGUCGAGGACAUGUUCGACGCGAACAGGACCGACCGGCUUCUCGACGUCUUUAGGAAAAACCUGUGGAAGGAGGCCACGGAUCUCUACGUGACGUUCCUGGCCUCAGCGGUCGAGCUCGGCGCCCGUCUUCCUCUGAAGCCCGAAGAGGGCGAAGGAGCGGUUCUCAGACUCGGCAGCUCCGUCCCGUUUUCGCAAGACCUGAACGUCCUCCAGGAGGAAGUCAAGCCUCUGUGGAAAUUAUCGUCCUGCGCCAGGAACUUCAAAAGGACCACCGUCGAGAGAUGGUUCAGAGAAGCUGGCUUCGUCCUGGACUGGUGCUCCUUCAGGCUGAUAGAGGAGAACCAUAAUCUCCACCGAGAGAGCGCGAGACGUGGACCAAACAUGAACGUCAUCGGACUUCCCUCUUCAGAAAAUUCGGGCCACUCCGAGUGGCGUUGGGCUAGGCCCACGAAAUCGGGAACGCCGACGAGGAGUUACUUAAAAGAAACUGCAACGACCGUCUUUGUCCCUACCGCCUUGCUUCUGAUAUUUGCCGGACUCCUCACGACCGCUCUCUGCAUCCACCACGAGAAAAUGACCGACCCGGAGUCUAAUGAGUACGUCUACGAACUGUUUAACGUUUUUCUCAGAAGCAGCGUUACGAGGGAAAAACGAGAAUUGACGCCGGUCGAGGGUCUGGGGAACAAUGGAGUGCAAAUGGUCCAGUAUGCCACUUCCGAACGAGGGACCUUAAAAUCUCUUUCUGCCCAACCUUCCAGCCCCUGCGACUCAUUGUCUCGUAGCCCAAGAACGUCAGUGGAACGGUGCAAUCCGUACGUUCGCCCGAAUCCCCCCCCGUACAUGGGACCGAAUAAUGUGACUGGGGUUCGAGCCGAUUUCUGACUAUACGAGGAGCCAGCAAAAACAUGGUUUUGCUAGAAGUGUAGGAUUCCGUAAAGGAUUGAGAUCUACACUUCAGCGUCAAAAUGACGAAACCGUGAAAACUGGCUCCGAUAUUAAUUCCAGGAGUAAUCUACAGGGUGGUGCUCCAUAUACACCACUCAAACUCAAGACAUAAUACUGCCACAUAUCCUGUUAAGAAAUUCUACGCAUGUGUCGGAUUCACAGUAAUCUGAUCAAAUUAGCAUUAAUUUCGUAGAGAAUGUGUGGAAUGUUUGCGAUAAAGUCAAAGUACAGACAAGUGGAGAUACGAAAA